CGCUUACGCUUAGUUAAAAGAUUAGUCGAGACUGCACAUUCAAUGGGACAAGUAGUCGCGAUCGUCUUUCUUCGUUAUUAUGAUCCGGCUUAUUAGAAAAAUAUAUCUGAUCGGUGGAAGUGUAAUAACUACACUUGUUCUGAUAGCUCUUGUCACCGUAAUUGUUAUUAAAAAUAGUCGAUCAGAACUAAAAAAAUCCAAAUUCAUCAGUAAUUCAACCCUGGGAAUUUACGAAAAGGCUGCAGUAUCUUCCAAUGGUCCAGAAUGCGCAGCAGUUGGCAUGAAGAUGUUAAAGCGCAAUGGAUCGGCUGUCGACGCCGCUAUCGCGACUCUUCUCUGCGAGGGCAUCGCCUCCUUACACAGCAUGGGUCUUGGAGGCGGAUUUUUAAUGACAAUUUAUGACGCCACUCAUCAGUCUGUUGUCUUCUUGGAUGCGAGAGAAACAGCUCCGGAAAUGGCUACUGCAACUAUGUUCGGAGGAAACGCCAAUUUGUCUCUAUAUGGCGGACUAUCAAUUGCAGUACCUGGCGAACUAAUGGGAUACUGGGAAGUACAUCAAAAGUAUGGAAAGCUACCAUGGCGAGAUCUUUUUCAACCCUCCAUAGAAUUAUGCAGGACUGGUUCUAUUGUGACAAAAUACCUCGAGGAUAGUUUACAGAACCAAGAACAUUUUAUUAGAUCUGAAAAAACAUUGGCUGAUAUUCUCAUUAAUCCUAAGACGAAUCGACUAUAUGCCGAAGGCGAAAGGAUAAAAAGGCCAAUAUUAGAAAAAACAUUAACGCGCCUAGCCAAUGACGAUGAUCCCUUAAAUCUAUUUUAUAAUGGAACAAUGAGGGAUGAAUUAGUAUUAGACCUGAAGAAUUUCGGUUCGAUUAUCACGAGCCAGGAUUUUACAAAUUAUAGGUAUGCAAAUCAAAUAGUCAAAUGGAAAAAACCGAUAGCGAUAAAUAUUGGAAAAUUAAACGUGUACACAGCACCGCCACCGGGCUCCGGAAUUCUUCUCGCCUUCAUGUUGAAUGUCCUCGAAGAUCUUGUCAUGACAAACAAUGAGAAAGUCUUAUAUCAGCGAAUCAUCGAAGCGUUUAAAUGGGCUUAUGCAAGGAGAACUGAACUUGGUGAUCCUGAUUUUGUUAAUAUAGAGGGCAUGAUUACGAAUUUGACAUCGAAAGAUUAUGCAAAGUCAAUUGAAUUGGCUGUUAUCGAAAAUAGAACAUACGUUGAUCCACAACAUUACGGUGCUGUCACUACAAAUAAAGAUGACCAUGGAACGGCGCACGUGGCAAUAUUAGCUCCGGAUGGUUCAGCCGUAUCAGUCACAUCAACGAUCAAUCAAGUUUUAGGUUCUAAGAGACGAUCACCACAAACUGGAAUAAUCUUCAACGACGAAAUGGAUGACUUUAGUUCUCCUAACAUAACGAAUGGUUUUGGCUUACCACCGUCAAAAAAUAACUUUAUUAUGCCACAUAAAAGACCAUUGAGCUCAAUGACUCCCACAAUAGUGCUAGACGAAAACAAAAAAGUGCGCUUGAUUAUCGGGGCUGCAGGUGGAACUAAGAUAACCACGGCCGUUGCAACGAUUAUAAUUUUGAAUCUUUGGAAGGAUUACAAUAUUAAAGAAGCCAUUGAUACUUACAGAAUUCAUCAUCAACUAUUUCCCAUGCACAUUCAAAAGGAAAAAGGAUUUCCUUCUGAUAUACUUGAUUAUUUAUCAGCGAUCGGCCACAACAUUACGACAUAUACUGGAAUCGGUAGUGCUGUUACGGCUGUGCAUAUAAAAAACGGACGAGUAACUGCUAAUUCCGAUUAUCGAAGGCAGGGAAGUGUAGCAGGAUUUUAACUUACGUAAUAAGGAUAAUACGUUUUGUAAAUAAUUGUAAAACUAGUAGUUCUUUUUUUACCUUGUAUCAAACAUGUUUCGAUAAUUUUGUAAAACCUAAAGCAUUAUCAAUUAUGACAUAUCUCAUCGAUUAAAUUUAGAUAAAU